CCAGGUCAACCUUGACAGCUUGACCCCCUCCCUCCCUCUUCUCUCUCCCCCCAAGACAGGAAGAGAUCUGGACAAUCUGGUUGGUAAACAUCUCCGUUUUAAGGUGCAAAACAGAGGAAGAGACUUUGAAAAUGAAAUCUGAGACUCUGACGCUGGUGCUGGUGAAUCUGGCGGGCAUUAUGGAGAGGGCUGACGAGUCAUUGUUGCCAGGGGUGUACAAGGAGGUAGGGGCUGCUCUUCACACUGACCCAACUGGGUUGGGCUCGCUCACUCUGUUCCGAUCCAUUGUGCAGUCCUCUUGUUACCCACUUGCCGCUUACCUGGCUGUGCGUCACAACCGUGCCCAUGUCAUUGCUCUCGGCGCUUUUCUCUGGGCCGCCGCCACUUUUCUCGUUGCCAUCUCCUCCACCUACUUCCAGGUGGCAGUUUCAAGAGGUUUAAAUGGGAUUGGACUUGCCAUAGUUACACCUGCCAUUCAGUCCCUCGUUGCUGACUCAACCGAUGAUAGCAACCGUGGUGUGGCUUUUGGAUGGCUACAACUAACAGCAAGUUUUGGCUCCAUAAUUGGGGGGCUUUGUUCUGUAUUACUAGCGCAAACAUCGUUCAUGGGCAUCCCUGGUUGGAGAAUUUCUUUCCUUUUGGUUGGACUAGUAAGUGUAAUAGUAGGUAUUUUGGUCCGCCUCUUUGCGAACGAUCCAAACUUUUCUGAGACUGAUAGAGCUAAAGAUGGAAUUCAACAUAAGUCUUUUUGGUCAGAAGUUAAGUACCUAACUAAAGAAGCAAAAUCUGUUAUAAGAAUCCCAUCUUUCCAGAUAAUUGUGGCUCAGGGUGUCUCUGGAUCAUUCCCCUGGUCUGCAUUGUCAUUUGCCACUAUGUGGUUAGAACUUAUAGGUUUCUCCCAUAAGACAACAGCAUUCCUGUGGAUGCUCUUUAUAAUUGCUGCUUCACUAGGGGGUCUGUUUGGAGGGAAGAUGGGGGAUUUGCUUGCAAAACGCUUACCAAAUUCCGGGAGAAUAAUCCUUUCACAGAUAAGCUCAGGUUCUGCCAUUCCUUUAGCUGCAAUUUUGCUGCUGGUAUUGCCUGAUGAUCCAUCCACGGCAUUCAUGCAUGGGCUGGUCCUGUUCAUAAUGGGAUUGACCAUAUCCUGGAAUGCUCCAGCAACUAACAAUCCCAUAUUUGCAGAGAUAGUCCCUGAGAAGUCCCGUACAAGCAUCUAUGCUUUGGAUCGAUCUUUUGAGACCAUACUGGCGUCAUUUGCUCCCCCUGUAGUUGGGAUUUUGGCUCAGCACGUUUAUGGUUAUAAACCAGUUCCAAAAGGAUCAUCGGACUCUGUAGAGAUAGAAACGGAUAGAGAGAAUGCUGCAUCACUUGCCAAGGCACUCUAUACGGCAAUUGGUGUUCCAAUGGCAAUCUGUUGCUUCAUCUACUCCUUCCUCUAUUGCACAUACCCAAGAGACAGGGAGAGGGCAAGAAUGCAGACAUUAUUAGAGUCAGAAAUGCAACAGCUAGAGGAAGAUAAUUCUCCCUCAACAGGAGACGAGUACUUUGAAGUUUAUGCUUCAGAAACAAAAGAGCUGAACGGCAAGGAAAGAAGUGAGAUCAACAUAGAUUUUGGAGGAGAUCUAGACAGUCUUGAUUUGGAUGAUAAUGACAAGAAGUAUUUGCUUAACCAUUAGCUAACUUUCUCAAAUUUGGGAGGAUAAUGAACCUGUUACCUGUCCAAGCCGAAGCCGGAUUAAGUGUAAUGAAUGGCUCCCUGAACAAACUGAUCAAAUGAUGAAAAAGCUUCACCAAUACACACUGUUCAGAACCCAGAGAGAUUUGCAUGCAGCAGUCACACCAAUUAUUUUGUUUCAGAGAUGGGUUGGUUUUUAAGAAAAAUAAGUUCAAAUAUCAUCUGUUAACUCUUCUUAUAUUCCUAUUUUAUUCACACACAAGUACAACGAA